AUGACGGCACACUUGGUUUCCAUCAAGACAAGUAGCUAUAAGAACCCUGGCGUUUACAACCACCAGUCGCCAGAUCGAAAGGUUCUCAGCUACCCGACUGCGCAUGCGGCCCAGCGGCCUUUCACCGGUCCCGGGGCUGCGCUGCCCAAGUCGCCUCCCGGUCUCCGGGGACUCUCUAACUCUCUGCUUCUGCCCCCAGUCUCUGUCACCCUGGAUGUGGAAACGGCGAAUCCGGAGCUCGAGGUGUCUGAGGAUCGAAAGAGUGUAAGACGGACCGAGACCCGGAGGAAUCUCCCUGACACCGAGAAGAGAUUCACAAGCUGGCCUUGUGUGCUGGGAUCGGAGGGAUUCACAUCGGGGAGACAUUACUGGGAGAUGGAGGUGUCGGGGAAUUGGGUCUGGUGGCUGGGAGUCGCCGUAGAGUCUGUGCAGAGGAAGGGACGAGUCAGACUGAGUCCGGAGACCAGAUUCUGGGUCAUCACACAGGUUGAUGACGUGUUCGGUGCUCUCACCUCCCCUGAGUCCCGUCUCCCUGCCGGUUCCAUCGCCAGGAGGGUGGGAGUUUAUCUCAGUUAUGAGUCCGGGAUAAUUUCAUUUUACAACGCGGAGACCAAGUCCCAUCUCCACACCUUCACUGGGAACAAAUUCACGGGGAAUCUUUAUCCCUUCUUCUGUACUUGGGAUGGAAACCAGUGUCUGAGAAUCUGCUCCGGUUCCACUCCGGGUCUGCGAAAGGGUCGGGUCCCGGAACAGGUGUCAAGAGUAAAGUCCCUGUAA